GUGUGAAGAUACGUAGACGCGGGUAACUCGGAGUCUGUCUCGCGGAGAAGAUUAUUGUGUGGAUGGACUUUUGAGAGAACAACGGCCUACAAGAGGUUAAUGUUACAGAUAAUACAGCCGAGUUAGCACAAAAGUGUUGAAUAUAAAGUAACACAAGUGAACCAGCAUUAUCUAGACUGUGUGAAGGGUCUGAAGUCUCCAGUUGUUUGGAAUAGAAUACAACAAAAUCACUUCAGUCACUUCUCGUACUAUCAGAAGAAAGUUUUAAGUGCAUAUCUUCAGAAGAAUUCGGAAGAAAAAAGGAUAACCAAGCUAUAACUAUGUAUAAAAUAUACGUAUUCGGCCUGGUGUGGACAUUCUUAAUCGCAGGUGUGACGAAUUUAAAGUGUCAUGUAUGUAAAGAUCAAACUGGGACCACAGGAAAAUGUGAUGCCACUGUUGAAUCUUGUGGUACUGAUGAAGUUUACUGUCUUCGGGGAAAAAAAUGGAAAAGCACAUCUUCGUCAGUUGGUCCACCACGGCAACUUUCUGAACAUAUGCACUGUGCUACAGAAGAAGAAUGUAGUGGAAGCGUCAGUGACAUGGAAACAUGUCCCACACCUCCAUGGAAAGACUGGAAUUGCACAGCUUGCUGUAAGAGUGAUUGCUGCAAUGGUAUCAUGGCUUGUAGCCAUGGCACAGUGUUCCAAAACCUGAAGCUGAUGUUAAUACUGGUAGCUGGGAUGCUGACAGCUCUGCAGCCUUAUCUUCUUGGGUCACUGAGGAUCACAUAGCUAGUUUUGGCCACAUAUGUGAUAAGAUCUAGUCACAUACUAGUCACAAACAGGAGACUAAAUAAUUGCUGGAUAAUUUAACACUAAUCUCAUCCAUUCAAAAACUCACAAGAUGCCAGUUUUCAGAAAUCAAAAUUAUAAUUAUUGAGUCAGCUGCUACUAGACCACAUCUGAACCAGUACAAUAGAUCCUCAAAAAAAAAAAAAAAAACAUUGUCACUGACAGGAGGCCUGGUCACAGACCGGGCCGCGGGGGCGUUGACCCCCGGAACUCUCUCCAGGUAAACUCCAGGUAUGACAGACCAUUACCCAGCAUUAUUAGUCACCAUUAUAUCAAAACUGCAAGAAAACAAGUAAAGUUGUGUUUAUACUUGAACCAUCGGCAAAUAACUGUCAUAGCUAUCAGAAAAAUUGACUGGCAAAGAGAAUAUUUCAGUGAUCAAGGCAUUAACAUUAAUGUUCACAUCUUGCUACAAAAAAUUCCAAGCAUCUACUGAGAAGCUUAAUAGGCCAUAAGUGGCUAACAGCACCAGAUCCAGUAACAAAAAACUUAACUCUGAAAAAGGAGAUAUGUAAAAGACCUGGAAAAUACUCAAACUCUGGUAUUAAGUAAACUAAGACCAAAGAAAUUCUAACUGAGUCUAAUUAUCAAUAUGAAUCACUGAAACUGCAAAUGAUGUUAAUAAUUUCUUUUUGAGUAUAGGCUCAAUUACUGAUCCAUGGCUCAAAUGAAUCCACAUGGAGAAAAUACAUAAUCGCUAUAUUUUACCUCGCACUGCCCCCUAUCAACAGAAUGCUGAAGAGGGUGCCCUUGUGAUACUUUUCUCUGGUAUGUAGGUAAUAAGGGAUUACAGUGUAUGUUGUGACUGCUGAUGGGCUUUAGCUUCCUUGGGGUGGCUACAUAGCCCUUGUGACUUAGCGCUUCUUUUUUAUUAUAAUAAUAAUAAUAGGGAGUUAGUAGAUGGGGAGAGGGAGGUAUUAGGUAGAUGGCGAGAAUAUUUUGAGGAACUUUUAAAUGUUGAGGAAGAAAGGGAGGCGGUAAUUUCAUGCACUGGCCAGGGAGGUAUACCAUCUUUUAGGAGUGAAGAAGAGCAGAAUGUAAUUGUGGUGGAGGUACGUGAGGCAUUACGUAGAAUGAAAGGGGGUAAAGCAGC